CAAAAAAUUAAGUAAAGUCGAUGCAUCGAUUUUUCAUCGAUAUUUCGCCAGCUCUAGGCAGAGCUCAAAAAGCAUCGAUACUAGUUACCUGCAGCCGUUUUAUAUGUGGGGAAAAAUAAAGUAAUUGUUUUUAAAAUCAUUGCAAUGAAAUGCAAGUGUUUAAUUAAAUAGAAACAGCAGCAGCAGCUACGCGUGAGAUGUCGCGGCUGUAACGGAUUUUUCCCAGUUUGGCAAUUCAUAUUGGCAAAACAACAACUGCUGCAAUAAUGUAAGAGACGGAGGCUAACAAAGGUCAAUCUAAGCCAAUAAACCCAGCCUAGAACUAGUUAGGUUUCCACACACACACACACACAUACCCAAACACAUACAUACAAAUACACGUAGUCACAAUAAUCAUGGGUUGGUUGCUAACGCUCCUGGCGCUCUUGCUCUCUAUCAACGAGCUGCUGGCAGUUCCAACUCCGCUCAAGCUACCAGGCUACACACACAAACUGACGCCAUACAUUAAGCACUGGGAGGCAGCGAACUUUGAUCGCUCGGUGCUUCAGGUGGCACAGCAAAGGCACUUGGAGCAGGCGCGUGCUCGCCGAAAACGUCAAGUGGAUGCCUCAAGUGGGCUGGGACUGGCGCACACAAUACGAUUGAAUUUCUCUGCACACGACAGAGACUUUCUUUUGGUGCUGCGUCAGCAGCCAAAUUCGGUAUUCGCAAAUGAUGUGGAAAUCGAAAACACACUGGGACCCAUCGAUUACGAUGUGUCACGCAUUUAUACGGGCAGCUUGGAGGAUGAUGAGUCUGCCCAUGUCCAGGCGAUACUCACAAGUGAUAAUCUGCUGGAUGGCACCAUUGAAACGCAGGCUGAGCACUAUUACAUUGAGCCAGCGCAGCGUUACUCACAGCAAUUGGCGGAGAGUGGCGUGCACAGCAUUGUCUAUAAGCUAAGUGAUGUAAAUAUGCAGCAUCAGAAUUCAUUUGCAAGUGGUUUGUCAUCAAAGUCGCCCAUUAAAACUCAUUGCGCUAGCGAGAGAUUGAGGCAGAAACGUUGGUUACCUGAGGAGGAGCAUGUCACUGUUCCAACGUAUAAUCGCAAUCCUCCUCUACCGCUGGAUCUAGAGGUACCCUACAAUGAUGAUUUUCGCGUUCUCGCCUCUGAGGAGGAUCGCAGCGAUGAGGAGCCUAAAAGAUCCACAACAACAACAACUAUGCGCAGUACAGAAAGUUUUCUGGCCACACUAACUAAGCCCACACCUAAUCGCAAUAUUCUUGUAAAUAACUAUAAUCCCUCCAAUGUUGGCGACAGCAGUCGAAGCUAUAAUGGAAACAGCAAUACCAAUUCAAAUACCAACAACAACAACAACAAUGUGCGCAAAUUGUACACAAAGCAUAAAAACAUCAUUGUCAGCACCUACAAUCGGCCCAUAGAGCCAGAGUUUGGUACACCGUAUGAGGAGCCGAAUGCCAACAAUAGCAACAACCUGCCAAAUAACUUUUUCAAUGCCAAUUGGACGACACUGUCGAUGGGUAACAACAACAACGGCGCUAACGAUCGCCCUAGCCAUAAGACGCAUGUAGAGAUCAUCACCAAGAACGGUGCCACCAAGAAACCCAAUAUUAUUGUCAACAAUUAUAAUCCAGAGAUCAUCUUUGCACCCAAUCCGCACAAUCCCAGUUUCAAUACCAUGCUGAUGACGAAUCUUUUAAGCGGCCGUGGCGAUGAUAUACACAACUCGCCGCGCCUGCUCUACGAUCGCAAGACCACUUGCAUGCUUUAUCUGCAGGCAGAUCACACAUUCUUCCAGAAGAUGGGCAGUGAUGAGGCUUCAAUUGAGGCCAUCACGCGCCACGUUCAACGCGCCAAUUCCAUUUAUCGAAAUACGGAUUUCAACAACGAUGGAAAACCGGACAACAUUACGUUUAUGAUCAAACGUAUUAAAGUGCAUAAUAUGAACGCAAUGAAGGAUCCCAGUUACCGAUUUCCCGGUAAUUAUGGAGUUGAAAAGUUUUUGGAGCUGUUUUCAGAGGAGGAUUAUGAUGCCUUUUGUCUGGCCUAUAUGUUUACCUAUCGCGAUUUUGAGAUGGGCACUUUGGGUCUGGCUUGGACUGGUGAUCUCAAGAAUGCUGGUGGCGUUUGCGAAAAGAAUGGUCACUAUCGAGGAUCCCUUAAGUCAUUGAAUACUGGCAUUGUCACGCUCCUAAAUUAUGGCAAACAUGUUCCACCCGCCGUUUCACACGUGACGCUGGCGCACGAGAUUGGUCACAACUUUGGAUCGCCUCACGAUCCGGAGCUGUGCACACCAGGUGGCGAGGAUGGUAACUUUAUUAUGUUCGCCCGAGCCACCUCCGGCGAUAAGAAGAACAAUAACAAGUUUAGUGCGUGCUCCUUAAAGUCCAUAGAGCCAGUGCUGAAUGCAAAGGCACGUUCGAUGAAGGGAUGCUUCACAGAACCGCAGUCCUCUAUUUGUGGCAAUGGCGUUGUGGAGCCGGGCGAGCAGUGUGACUGCGGCUGGGAGGAGGACUGCAAGGAUGCAUGCUGUUUUCCCAUGUCGCGGCAGCCGCAUCUUGAUGAAACGCCCUGCACGCUGACUCCCCAUGCACGUUGCAGCCCCUCGCAGGGACCUUGCUGCACUACCGAUUGCAAGGUGAAGUUUGGAGACAAAUGUCGCGAUGACAACGGUUGUCGCGAUCCCUCAUUUUGCGAUGGACGCGUGCCCCAGUGCCCACCGUCGGUGAACAAACCAAACAAGACCAUUUGUAACAAGGAGUUCGUCUGUUACAUGGGCGAUUGCACGGGCAGCAUUUGUUUGGCCUAUGGACUGGAGUCAUGUCAGUGCAUACCUGGACCACAGGAUGAUCGCAUCAAGUCAUGCGAGCUGUGUUGCAAACUACCUGGAGAGAAUAAUCCGUGCCGCAGCUCGUUUGAAUGGAACGAGGCACCCUUUGAUGUGCCCGACAUGUACUCCAAGCCAGGAACGCCCUGCAAUGACUAUAAUGGCUACUGCGAUGUCUUUCAAAAGUGCCGCGAAGUCGAUCCCUCUGGACCAUUGGCUACGCUGCGCAAGUUGCUGCUCUCUGAAGAGAGCAUAGCCACGUUUAAAAAGUGGAUGCAGCAUCAUUGGUACACCGUGGCUCUGGCUGCCAUUGGAGUCUUUUUGUUGCUGAUACUGAGCACAAAGCUGCUGGCGAAACGCUCGAAUCUGAAGCUUAAAUCGGUGACCAUCAUUCAUAGCGCCACCACGGAAACUGUGCGCCUGCCAGAGAACAACAAUGGUGUCAUUGUGCACACGGCCGUGCGCACCAAAGUGCCAUUCAAGAAGAAGGUUCGUGGUGAGCGGAGCAAGAAGUCUGCAACCGGAUUGGGAGCAACAGCAGGAGUACGCUCUAGUGCAGUAACCAAAGGCAGUGCCAGUGCCAGUGCAGAACCAAAGAAAACAUCUCGAACACAGGCGCUGGCAAAGAAGAAGCUGAAAACAAAUGUGACGGAUGAGGAGCAAACCAAAAAGGCCAACAAAAAGCUAGGCAAACAUAUGAAGGAAAUUAUUGAUUAUUCGCAGCGCAACAACAACGGAAACGGCGCCGACGAUGGCUCCAAUUUAUCCACGACCAACAAUCAUAGCAACACUUUUGGCAAAGUACAAAAGUGGCUAUUAGAGUCACCUAUUGUGGCCCAGCCAUUGUCGCACAUAGAGCAUAGCUCACGAGUGCGUAAUGUGAUGAGUAAAUCGCAGUCAACGCCCGAAAGGCUAGUACAGAAAACGCCACAGAAGACUAAGUCCAUGGGCAACCUGUCCAACGAGAAGGUUAAGCUGCAGGUCGUCUACAAGCCACCCUUUAAGUUCUCGCUGCGGCUGUCCAAGAAGCCCAAGGUGAAAACGCAUGUGGUAGGCGUCAACGCUGGCGCACGUCCAAAGCGUACACAGAAGAGCAAUGCACGCGCUAGUGGACAGGCGACUACGUCCAAGGGACCGUAUACGGAACGAGCAAAGCGUACCGCUCUGUUGCUAUGCAAUGAAGCCGAGGACGAUAAUCAAGUGCUCACUCUCAACGAACCCAACUAUGAGACACUGAAGCCACCAAACCGCACCACUGAACAUUGCUAUGAGAAUGUGGAGUUGCCUAGCGGCAGUGGAACAGCCGAUCUUGCAGCUACAUCAAAGCCGAGCAGCAGCAGUAGCGGUGGCAAAAUUGCACCUAGCUCAACUCGCGCCAGCCUGGAGGCCACAGCAAUAGCUUCAGGUCAACGGAGCUCCUAUCGCCGCUCCAAUUCGCUGUCCACACACAAUCCUUUCGCAGUGGCGCCGCGUCGUAGCAGCAGCAAGGCUUCCAAGAAUGAAGCCCACACCUCGGGUGGUUCCAUUAACUUGACGCGAAACUUUGGGAGCACACAAAAUCUCAUCAAUCUGAGCCAGAACAUGGCCAAGUCGAAAAAGCGCAGCAGUCUCAAUUUAAAAGCAAGUGCUGCCAAAAAUGGCAAGGAUCCGCCUACAACUACAACAGGAGCUCCAACGGCGACACCCCAGCGUCGGUCUUCUUCAAAUGCAAAUCUGCGCAGAAACAGCAGCGUCUCCAACUCAGCGCCACAGGCAGCUCCGUUGCCGCCGACGCGCAACUCGCGCAACAGCUUCAGUAACAUUCCACGCGCCAGUCUCAAUGGUCAAAGCGGCGCCUCCUCAGCAGCGGCUUCAGCUGCAGCUGCAGCAGCGUCAUCGUCACUGGCGCCGCCCAGCUUCUCCCGUCAAUCGUCAAGCAGCACAACGACAACCUCGUCGAGCGCUGGAACGCCGCCUGCAUUGCCGCUUUCAUUGCAACAAUCCGCCUCCACCAGCGCCAUGGCAAGCCAAUGGCAAACUGUGCAGCCGAUGCGACGUAGUCUUCACAAUUUUAGAUCGCGCUCAACGGCAGCGACAGCAGCAGCACCUGUUCCCACGACAACGACGACGACGACGGCAAUGGAAAACGAAUUGCCAUCGGAUUUGGAGGUUGUUGUGUCCGAUAUUGAGAAUCUGGUUAGCUAAGAGCAGCGCCAUUCCUUUUCAUUUCAAACCAACCAAGUGAAAGUGAUAAGUCCUAAAAUUAGUUAUACAAAUUGUCGCAUAGGUUUAAAUGCAUAUAUAUAUAUAUAUAUAUAUAUAAAUUUAGAUUUGUAUAUAUAAAUAUACACAUACAUAUAUGUAUGUAUGUACUUUACACUGCCUUAAACUUGCCGUUUCUGCUGAAUAUGUGAAUGCCACGCCAAUACAUCCCCACACCAGAUACCAAAACGACCACAAAAUCAUUAUUAAACGCUAACAACGCUCGUGCUUAUGGCUUCAUCCUUUCACAUAACACUACUUAAAAUCCAUAGACCAUAAACACUCACCCACCCACCCAAUGCCACCGCCAACGCCACAGCCACCGCCGAAGCCAGCCGCACUCACCGCACAUUGUACCUUUUACUGUUUAACUGUUGUAUUGUAUUCGUGAUCUGUAACUAUAUCUUGUAACUGUAUUUUAAUCUAAAUCUACAACCCUUAUUGUGUACACUAGUCGAAAUACGAUCGUUUUGUAUCUACGAAAAAUUCAAUUAAACUGUCCAGUAUCAUAUUGAAACUGUAACUGAACCUCCUAAACAAAACACUCUAAAUAUCGUGAACAUUGAAGAUCUACAUUUAUUGUCCAAUAAAUCUAAUCAUAGUCUAUACAAACCAUCGUGUUUCGAUCGCUGUACACAAUCAAUCUAUUCUUAUAGUAUUAUUGGCCUAUUGAUAUUGUUUCCUACAUAGAAUUAUAUUUUGUUAUAUUUCUAUAUGUCUAUAUCUGUUUUUUACAUUCUUAACGUUUCCAACAACGACCAUUCUCAUCUGUAAACUUCGACACACAGAACAGAACAACAAUACAAGGUGCUAUUUUAGUAACGAAUGUAAAAAAGAAAUUAACCAACAAAUUUUUAAACACUUAUGAAUAUUUUCCAAGAAGAUCAAAAAUGAUAUUAAGAAUCGUAGUUGGGAAUGAGAUAAAGGUGUAGCAGCCAGGUAGACUGGAAGCAGGAGUCAGGGGAAGUUGCAAAUAAAUAAUACUUCGUAACAAUAAAAUAUAACCAACGAUAAUUGUCAAUAAAUCAAAAGUAAUAUGCAUCGAACAUAGUUAGUAGUAAUCGCAACAAAAUCAAAUAGAGAAGUUAAUUCUGUGUCCCCCAAUCAAACCCAAUUCACUCCCCAUUUACACACUGACAAACACACAAAUGCCUGCGCCAUUCUUAGUAGUAGUGUAUAUAAAAAAUCAAAUUGAAAGAUACAUACAUAAAUAGUUUUUAUAUGCAAUAUCAAAUUAUAGCAAUGAAAGAAGGAACACCUAUUGAUAUUCAAACACAAACACUCACGAAUAGUCACGUAGCGUAUCAAAUCACAGAGCAAACGGCUUACAAAUUAAACCCUAAUAUUAAAGAUUUGUAGUCUAAGCUAAUUGGAAUCCCUAAACAUAGAUAAAUGCUAUAAUUGUAGCUACGAAUUAUAAUACUGUGUUGAACAUCGGCGUUUAAGAUUGCGUAUAGUUCUGAUAUGACUUUGAAUUUGUAUGGGUGGUAAAGUAGUUACAUGGGGAGUGCAAUUUUAUGAGCAUUUGUGUAUAUUUUUUUGUUGAAUAUACAAUGCAUUAUUAAAUAGAAAUACUUAUGCUCAGCUCAAAAGACCGACCCAUCUUGGGACAGAUAGUUAACGUUAACGCGUAGGCAAGCUAAGAAACGGAAAAACGAUAAAGUACGCGACAAUCGCUUCAAAAUGCUUAAAAAAAAACAAAACAAAAAAGAAACUCGAAUUUUAGCUUUAAGUUCGUCUUAACAAAAUAAAAAAAUCGAAAACCUAUGAUAACUAUUUAAAUAUGAAACUAUACAAGGCGCAGAUUCUUUUUUAACGUCAAACUAUCGGCAAUAUCAUUAAACUUACCAAAAAAAAAAAAAAUUAAAAUUAAA